CCAUUAUUUAUUGUUCAUGCAGUCAGGAUUCACCCUCUAUAGAUAAUUGUGUAAUUUAUCUGCAGCAAAAAAGAAAUAGCUCAAAAAGCAGUAAUACCAGUAUGCAAAUCAAGGAGCCGAAUGAACGGCUUUCUUACGGAUGCAUCCAAAAGAUCCGUUCACGAACGACCCACCACUACAAACUGCUGGCUUCCCAGCGACAUAUUUGUUGUUCGAGAUGCAGGAUUAGCUACAGUAUGUCCUAGGCGACUAGCUAAUUGUUUAUGUUUGACUAGUCCAACAAUCCCCAUAGUUAUGUUCCUAAUAUGUUAGUUACCAUUUGCAGAUACGUAAUUUACUGCACGAGAAGGACUUCAAAUCAGCCCGCAAGGGGCCCCACUGAAACAGGCAGACCCACAUUAUCUGGCACCACCAUCAUAAUAAUAGGUUAGAUAAUUACAAGUGUGUGACUUACUGUCGAGUUGAAGACCAUCACUUAGGAGGACCGCAUCACCAGGUAACUACAACAAAGAUGGGGAACAAUGCAAUCAAAGCCCACCUGGAGAACUCACAGAAGACUGGGAUCUUUCAGCUGACAGGGAAAGGUCUUCCUGAGUUCCCCGAGGAGCUCCAGAGGUUGACUGGAAACCUGCGGACUGUAGAUCUGUCCUCCAACAAGAUCGAAAUGCUACCUGCUGCCAUAGGAAACUUCCUUCAGAUGAAGAGUCUGACUUUAAACUGUAAUAAACUCACAAGUCUCCCAGAUGAAAUUGGAAAGCUGAAGAAACUAGAGACUCUUUUGCUGAACGGGAACCACCUGACGCAGCUCCCUAUCACUAUAGGACAGCUGAAAGCGUUGCGCACCCUCAGCCUGUCAGGGAACAAAUUCCGGGAGUUUCCUGCUGGCCUUGGCUCCCUACGACACCUGGACGUUCUGGACCUGUCCAAGAACCACAUCCAGGCGGUGCCUGCUGAGGUGGCGGCCUUGCAGGCCAUUGAGAUCAAUCUCAACCAGAACCAGAUUUCAGUGGUGUCUGCAGAGGUGUCCACCUGCCAGAGGCUGAAGGUGCUGAGACUGGAGGAGAACUGUCUGGAGCUCACCUCCAUCCCUGUGUCCAUCCUCACCACCUCCCAGGUGUCCCUGCUCUCCGUGGAGGGCAACCUGUUCGAGGUGAAGAAUAUGCGUGACCUGGAAGGGUAUGAGAAGUACAUGGAGCGCUUCACUGCAACCAAAAAGAAAUUUGCCUGAACAAUAGAAAGAGAGCAUCCCCCUGAGUCCAGCUUGUGAUCUACCCACAAGCACCCUCUAAGUGGUUGUGGUGUACUACAGUAAAUAUGGCUUCUGCACUCCUGCGGCAACAGGUUACAACGGAGAAGGACCACUGUAGAGAAGGACUGAUCGAGAGCAUGCUACAGGACUGCGUGUGAAAACAACAGGACACCAUUGAUGGUGACAGAGAACUAUGUGAACGAUGGACAGUGCACUCACUUUAAUGAUAUUCAUAAAUUGCAUAUUGAAUACUUAGCUAUUAAUUUCUGACCGAAAUGUUGUCUUUAGUUAUUUAACCGAAGCUUGUAGUACAUUCGUGGCCAAAAGUUUUGAGAAUGACACAAAUAUUUAUUUUCACAAAGUCUGCUGCCUCAGUGUCUUUAGAUAUUUUUGUCAGAUGUUACUAUGGAAAACUGAAGUAUAAUUACAAGC